ACAGCAGCGCUACUCGUUCUGCGGACGUGUCAAGUCAUACACGCACGAUCGGUACUGAUGCAAUGACACACAGGGACACAGCAGGGACAUACAUUACAUGCGCACUACAAGCUCAGACUAGACAGGAGCGGUUACCACACGCGGACGGCCCGCUUUAUAUAUCGCCAGCCUACAAAGAAGCGUUUAUAGAGCCCAUACUUAGCGUCGUACAGCGGGGAUUCUCUGUGCCCAGACAAUGUCGCCAUUGUUUCCUCAGUCGGUUUCAUAAGACAACGCGAUCACACUUAAAAGGUGAAACACGCGUGGAUUGCAUUCCAUCAUCAUGCCAUUGUCUUUUUUUUACAUUACGAGUCGGUGAAUGACGUGAAGGAGAAGCGAAAAAGAAGAACAUGAUCAUGUAAAUGAGAAUAUGCACACGUCAGUUUCCGACAUAUCUCUGCAAACAUCUCAUCGCGUUUCACCAACACCUCUUUUUUUUUUCUUUUUUUUUACCAUCCACCGGGAAAGCCAUUCCACGCGUGUCCGGGACCGUGGAAAGACACCCGAGUCUGCAGAGCUUUCGGAGCUGCCUGACGCUGGUUUUGGAGGGCUGAAAAAGAGGAAGAAACGGGAAAAGAAGCGGGGACCAAUCGGACCACCACUCGUUGAAUGGCAAUUUUACAAAAACAUGGCAAGAUCUCCAGUCCAGAGGUGGUCGAUCUUAAGGAUAACCCCCCUGACAGCUUCGGGGCGGUCGGGUCACAGAAGAAGUGGGCAGAAUCGAGUGCGCACUGGUCGAGGCCAUUAGCCCGGGUGUGGACCGUGGUGCUCCUGCUGGGGACAUGUUUGCUCUACUGCGCACGGGUGGCCAUGCCCAUCUGCGCUGUCUCCAUGGCCGAGCAGUUCAAGUGGAGCAAAAAGGAGACUGGCAUAGUGCUGGGAAGCUUCUUCUGGGGCUAUUGUUUCACUCAGGUCGUUGGAGGAUAUAUCAGUGACAGAGUGGGUGGGGAAAAAGUUCUCUUGCUGUCUGCUGCAGCUUGGGGCGCCAUGACAGCCUUCACCCCCAUCCUCGCUCACUUCUGCUCGCAACCCAUUGUUUCCAUGACACUUGCCAGGUUCCUCAUGGGACUUCUGCAAGGUGUCCACUACCCGUCUUUGGCCAGCCUCUGCUCCCAGAAGGUGGUCGAGAGCGAGCGGGGCUUUCUCAUGAGCACGGUGGGCAGUGGCUCCUACCUGGGGACAUUGGUGAUCGGUGCUGCCGGAUCCCUCAUGUUGGACCUGUACGGCUGGGAGAGCGUCUUCUACGUCUCGGGGUUGCUGUCUGUCCUGUGGGCCUACUGUAUGUGGAAGUAUCUGCUCAAAGGAGAAGGUCCAAUCAUCACGUUGGAGUCCUUGGGGAGUGGGGGCACCCAGUCCAAGUUGUCCAAGAGACACUGGCUGCGCUUGUUGAAACAACCAGCAGUUUGCGCUGUGACCAUUACGCACCUUUGCACCGCCAGCACUUUUUUCACCUUGUUGUCAUGGUUGCCAACUUUCUUCAAAGACACUUUUCCUGAUGCUAAGGGCUGGGUAUUCAAUGUGAUCCCAUGGUUUGUUGCCAUCCCAUCCUCCCUGUUCAGCGGCUGUCUGUCUGACCACCUUAUUGGGCAAGGCUUCGACACUGCGGCUGUCAGGAAGCUAAUGCAGUUCUUUUCUAUGGGUGUAUCUAGCAUCUUCACCCUAUUCCUGUGUGGCACCACCACCUUCCCCACAGCCGUGGCCUUUGUGUCUGCCACCAUGGGCCUCACUACUUUCAGUCACAGUGGGGUGUCGGUGAAUGUUCAGGAUCUGGCCCCUUCUUGUGCCGGAGCUCUUUUUGGGGUUAUGAACACAUGUGGAGCUUUCACAGGUGUCCUCAUGGUGUAUUUCUCGGGGUACCUGAUCGAAGCUACCGGCUCUUGGGCCUCAGUGUUUGCCCUCAUAUCCUUGGUCAACCUGCUGGGCCUGGGCACCUUUCUGACAUUUGCUGAAGCUCGCCGCGUGGACAUCGAGGGUUCCAAAGCCAGGCAUCACAACAUUCACAUCUGAGCGAGGCGACACAGUGCAGAGUGGGACAGCCCACACAUGCUGUGGUUCUGACAGCCUGGAUUCCCCAAAGGCCCAUUCACAUCCACUGCUGAUCCAGGACUUGAGAGCGCCAGGGGACCUCAGUGAUGCAAUUCUUGUUCCUUCUGUCUGUAAAACAGAGGAAGCUGGCAGGGUCAUAGUAGAUCUUACAUUUAACUGAAAAAAGAUUUGUUUCUUUUUUUAUUUAUUAAUUUUUUUCUGAUGGUCUGCUUAUUGCAGUGGGCUAAGCAGUGUGGUGCACUCCUGUCUGCAAAAUUUACACGUGGACAGGUCUGACACCUCGUCAGUUAUCUUGAUACAAAUCGUUGGAUUUGUGCCUAGAAGUCAAGAAGGACGUGGAAUAUAUUUUGUUUUUCACUUUGGUAAAGCUUGCCUUCCAUCCUUGGGUUGGUUUUGAUUGACCAAAACUUUGCUUUGCAAGGGUGAUGAUUUUUGUGUGGAGUUACAGCUGGGAGGAUCAGUGUUGGGUGAAAUCACUUCACCUUUGCUCUGCUUUCACUGUACAACUGACACUAAGUGGCGUCUUCUUAACAGGGUAGAGGUAUAGGUUUGCUAUCAUUUGUCUGUUUCAUAGAACUGUAUGUCACUUUUCACAGUUCAGUUUUUUCCAGUGGUUACAUACAGUGUAUGGUUGUCAUACGUUUAAAAAAGACCAAAGCCUUUAUUUUUUGAAUGUACGAUAUACUUAAACCUCUCACAUUUUUUUUUUUCAUACAUAUGAUGAGAAGAGCAGUAGCCUUGUUUCCGUUGUGUCUUUCUUGACGUUUACUGUGACAUUGGGCACUUGAGUCAGAAUGAGGUGUCAUAAGAAAGUUUUGUACAGAGCAGUCUGAAGAAGGUGAGGGUUGGGUUGUUCAAAACCACUGUUACCGCAGUGAGGCCACAGGCAUAAGUGUCAAAGGCAGGAGGUGCUGUCCAUAGUGGUAAAGACAGCUGUUAGUGUGGACCUCGCUGUUCAAGGCAGCUCUUCGUUGGGACACACAGGUCACUCUUUAGGGUAGAAAUCUUCUUUGUCCAAGGACACGGUGGCAUUGAUGGGGAAUUCUGUCCUCGCUGUUGAAAGUCUCGAGAGCGGAGGAAACAGGAUAGUUUUACUAAUUCAACACAGUAACUAAAUUAAUAAAAAUGUCAAGGUGGCAAUAAGAGAGAUAAGAGAUUUACCUGAAUCUCACAUUCAGAUUUAGAUUAAUUUCCCGUAGAAGUGGCUAGUGUUCAAAGAAGAUCCACUGGGAUAUUCCAUAUGAGGUACAUUGUGGAUGCCGCUCGAGACAGAAUGGACAGAAUAACAGUGUUAUGUCAGCCUUUCCCCAGUAAGUACCCUUCAGACUGGUUUAGCACAGCCUGGAGAGAGAAUGAUGUAGGCUUUGCAGGACUGAACUGUAGUAUGAAUGUAUUACGGUGUUUAGCUUUAUAUGCAGAGAGGAGCUUGAUAGAAUUAGGAAUUUUCUGAUGACCAAAUAUUUAUAUGUACAUUGUUAUUAUUUUUGUCCUCAAAUGCAACGUUUAAUUUCCUCCAGUAAUUAUCAACUCAAAGUAAUUAUGCAAAAGUUAUGGCUGGAAUUAAUUUGUAUGGCUGAUACACUUUAACCCAGUGCCACGUUAAGUUGCUUAUGAUCCUGUUCGCAUUCUACAUCGGUGUGUCUGCAGUAGAUUUUGUAAUAUAACUGUAGUAGUCCCAGUGUUGCCUGUAAGUAACAUUUCUUCCGACAAUUGCUGAAAUAUUAAUUUCAGCAUGAUAUAUUUUUUGCCCAAUAUAUUUUUGUGCCAAGGAUGGGAUAAUUAUAUACUGUAACUAUGAAUCACUAGUUAUACUGUAACUAUUAAUCAGUAGUUACAGCUAGUUUUACAAAAACUGUAUUGUGCUUUUGUUUGUAGCUCGUUGAAAUAUGUUAGAUGGAAAAAUAGCCUAAUUUUAAAGGUACUGAUGCGGGGAGUUUGUGGUCCCUGAUUUAGAAAACAAUGCUUCUGCAAUCACAGCAUGUCACAGUGUGUCUUGGAAAUGCACAAGAAUGUGACACAAGUUGGCAUAGAUUUUGUUAUUGUUACAGCUCAAUGUUAUUGUGGUUAGAUCUCAACGUCCCUUUUUUUGGUAUGAGCGCUUCAUUGUAUUGCCCAUGUCUCCUUCACUGACAUCCUGGGUUCCAGCUUUGUAAAAUUCCUGUCUUUGUUUUUACUUGUUUAAUAUCAGAUGAACCAUCCCAGAGGCUGAAUUUAUGUAUUCAUGUGUAAAUGGGAAAUGUGCAGAAAUGCAUACAUUUCAACAACAUACUAGCACAGCAGGUGUUGCAGAUGAUGACCUGAAAAAACUAAUCAUUGAUGAUUUAAAAAGUCAGAGUGGGGUGUUGCAUUCUGACCCCCAUACAUAGCUAAAAUUGAUGGAAGAUGCAUAAUAAAGCUCUCUUCUGGCAAAUUAAACAGAAAGUUACGCGUUUGGUGAGUGGUUAUGUUUUCUUCAGCGGCUCAGGUCAUGAACGUUUACUGACAGUGUCUAAAGAUGCCUAAUUUGAGUAUUUUGGGGUAUAAUCUUUGUUUCUUGCAAGUACAAUAACGAGUCAUUCAUUUGUCGUCUUCCAAUUAUUUAAGUUUUUUUAUUUUGGCAAAUUAUGUGUUCUGUUACUCUAUUAGCACAGUGUCUUACUUUUCACCCUCAUUGGUGUGAAAUAGAAAGAUUGUAAUGAAAUGGCUCCCCACCAAUCAGUGCGAAGUUCCCUGAACCGUACUUAGAUAUUGUAAAAUAUGUAAAACAAGGAUGAUGUAUGUAAAAAAACAAAUGCAGCAUUUUCUUUUUGCUCUGAAAAAAUGUAUUUGUAAGCAUAUUUUGUUGAACUACGAAUAAAAAGUAUAUUUUA